UAUGGUUCGUAUUCCAAUUAGAAUGAAUCACACAAUUAAGUGUGUGUGGACAAGAGAUUCAUACUCCAAAAGGAUGGUAAGAUUAACAAUUUCCAAACUUGUCGCAUUAUCGAGAUGACCCACGAUCGUUUUCUUACAAAGUUACAAUUUUACGAUCACCUUAGUUGGUUUUUUUGUCUUCAUCUGAUUUCUACCAAGAAAGUUAGUCUGAAAAAAAUACCAAUAAUAGUGGGGCUGAUACGCCGCCGCCCGUGAUCGGAAUUGGACUGCGAGUCGGAGAAACGAGAGAAUUUCUUCACGAAUCCCCAUCAGAAGCCUUUGACCUGCAUGAGGUGAGUUAUCCAACCAAAUGGCAGACUUACCAGCUUCUUUGCAGGCCUGUCUGGGUAUGGGCAAGGUGGCAUUCUUAGCAAUUUUGGUUUCUGGAGGAAUUGUGAUGCAGAUAUUGGCAUGUGCCUUGUACAAUAAUUGGUGGCCAAUGCUAAGUGUGAUAAUGUAUGUGCUUCUCCCCAUGCCUUUAUUAUUCUUUGCGGGGUCAGAUAGUUCUUCGCUGUAUACUGAUUCUAACGAUAGCUGGAUCAAUGCGACAAAAUUCUUGACCGGAGCUUCGACUGUAGGAAGCAUUGCCAUCCCCGUUAUUCUGAAGCAUGCUGGGAUCAUUGGCUGGGGGGCAAUGGCAAUGGACCUCUCGUCAUUCGUAGUAUUUGUGGUUGCCAUUUUGUGUUUCAUGGGGAUGAGCGAAGACGACGACUACUCUAUGUUUUGAGAUACUCCAUCUCCAUGGCAAUGAAGCUGUGCCUAUCUCCAUCAGGUGAGGCUUCGAGCUUUGUUCAUUCUUGUCUGAACAUCACCUCUCACAUCUGCACAUGUUUGGUGAAGAUUAUUUUUCACUAUAUAUUUCUUCAUUUGUUGUUUGUUGGUUUGUUGUAUUUGAAGAUUUGUUCUUACACCAAAAUUGAGAUGAAAAAGAAAAGUGUAUUUGUAUAUUUGGAAAGGUAUGGGCAUUGAACUAGAUGUGAAAUGUGACUGGUUUCACUUCAUGCGCUUGAAAUGAAAUUGCAGUACUGCUGAUUAUUUUGUUGUCUGUUAAUAUAGUGAUUGUAUUUAUUGUGUUAAA